UAUUUUGAUUUUCAUGAUCGUGUUUCGUGUGUCAUCGUUUUUUGAAGGCAGUGGAAGUCAUUUAAUUUUUGUAUACAAAGAGAAUUAUGUGUGAAUUAUUACCACAACAAAUUUGUAAAAUAUUGAAAGUAUAGUAUUUAUAAAACUAAAUUCAUAGUGCAAAAGAGUUUCUCAUCAUAAAUUCAUUAAAAAUAAAGCGUUCAAAAGCCGUCAAAAGACCAGCUAACGAGCAACAAGCAACGUUAUCAUCUCACUCUGCUACUUAUCCACGCAACGCUUCUUGCGCGUUAACACCCAUAGCCAAGAAAAUGCAGCGUCCAAAUGCGGUAGUAAAGCAAACAACACUCGAUGAUAUAUGGAUUGAAUUGGAGGAUGGCAUUAAGCAGGUGUUUCAACCCGAAAAGGCAAAUUUGCCAACAGAACGUUACAUGCACUUGUACACAUAUGUUUAUAACUAUUGUACGAGUGUUAAUACUGUCCAACGAUCCAUGGCCAGAGCAGGCGGCGCACAGCUUGUGGGCAAAAAAUUAUACGACCGUCUUAAGGAGUUCCUCAAAAAUUAUUUAACUAGGUUACAGAAAGCGUUUGAAUAUAUUCAGGGUGAAGAAAUUAGGCUGACACACUACACCAAACAGUGGGAGUCAUAUCAAUUUUCAAGCAAGGUGUUAAAUGGAAUUUGCAGUUAUUUAAAUCGACAUUGGGUGAAGCGAGAAUGCGAGGAGGGCCAAAAGGGUAUUUAUGACGUAUACCGACUAGCUCUAGUUACGUGGAAAGAAAACCUAUUCGAAAACUUGAAUGAAUCGGUAACAAAUGCUGUACUGCGUUCCAUUGAAGAGGAACGUAACUCCCAUACGAUUAACCGCCACCUCAUAAAGAGUGUCAUAAAUUCUUAUGUGGAGCUUGGGUUCAAUGAAGAAGAAACAGACUCGGAUAAUUCCAAGAAAUUAUCUGUUUAUAAGGAUCAUUUCGAGAAUAAAUUUAUUUCAAAAACUGCAGAGUUUUACAAGAAAGAGUCGGAAGUGUAUCUAAACAACUGUACAAUGUCCGAUUAUUUAAAGCAUGUUGAAGAUCGCCUUGACGAAGAAAGCAAACGAGUGAAUCGUGACGAGUUUUCUUAUUUACAUGAAAGCACGCAUAAUGUACUAAUCAAGACGUGCGAACAGGUAUUAUUUUUGGCAUUGAUUGAAAAACAUUUGGUAAGGCUUCGUGGCGAGUUUCAGAAAUUUCUUAAUGACGAUAAGAAUGACGACUUGAAACGCAUGUACAGUUUAGUUGCACGUAAUCCGGAAAACUUAACCGAUUUUAAACUAUUGCUUGGUGAGCACAUUUUGGAACAAGGCACGGAGGCCAUAAAAAAAGCUGGUGCCGAAGCAGCUAACGAUCCGAAAUUAUAUGUGCAAACUAUAUUAGAAGUUCAUAAAAAAUAUCAUGGGCUCGUAGUAAUGGCAUUCAACAAUGAUAACGGUUUUGUGGCAGCACUAGAUAAAGCAUGUGAGAAAUUCAUCAAUUUAAAUGAAGUAACACAAGUGAAUAGCGCAAAUAAAUCGCCGGAAUUACUUGCCAAAUACUGCGAUAUAUUGCUGAAAAAAUCUUCCAAGAAUCCUGAAGACAAAGAACUCGAAGAUAAUUUAAACCAAGUAAUGGUGGUUUUCAAAUAUAUUGAAGACAAAGAUGUUUUCCAAAAGUUCUAUUCAAAAAUGCUUGCCAAGCGUCUAGUAUACCACACCUCAGCCUCAGAUGAUGCAGAGGCGAUAAUGAUUUCAAAAUUGAAACAAACUUGUGGUUAUGAAUAUACAAUCAAAUUGCAACGUAUGUUCCAAGACAUUGGUCUAUCCAAGGAUUUGAACGCGAGCUUCAAGCAACAUUUAGUUAGUGCAAGAAUACCACAAGAAAUAGAUUUUAGCAUUGAAGUAUUGUCAUCCGGCUCAUGGCCAUUUAAUCAGAGUACCACAUUUCUAUUACCCUCUGAGCUAGAACGCUCUGUACAGCAGUUUAAUGAGUUCUACGCAAAUCGUCACUCAGGUCGCAAACUAAAUUGGUUAUAUAAUUUGUGCAAAGGGGAUUUGGUGACCAAUUGUUUCCGCAAUAGAUAUACACUACAAGCAAGCACGUUUCAAAUGGCUGUAUUGUUGCAAUUCAAUGAUCAAACUAAAUUCACUCUGCAACAAUUGCAAGAAAAUACCCAAAUUAGUUUGGAGAACCUAAAACAGGUCCUGCAAAUUUUAAUGAAAGCUAAGCUGCUUGUAUGUGCCGAUGAUGAGAAUUCGCUCAAUCCUAAUUCUGUGAUGGAGCUAUUCCUGGAAUAUAAAAAUAAAAAGCUACGGAUUAACAUCAACCAACCGUUAAAGACUGAGCUCAAAGUGGAGCAAGAAGCAGUGCAUAAGCACAUUGAAGAGGAUCGUAAAUUACUGAUACAGGCCGCCAUUGUCCGAAUUAUGAAAAUGCGUAAGAAGCUUAAUCAUACUCAGCUUAUAACGGAGGUACUCAAUCAGUUGGCGUCUCGCUUCAAACCCAAGGUGCAAGUGAUUAAGAAAUGCAUCGAUAUUCUAAUCGAAAAGGAGUAUCUCGAGCGCAUGGAGGGGCAAAAGGACACUUAUAGUUAUUUGGCUUAAAUACAAUCAAUCGCAUUGGCACAACGUAGACGACACGUGUAAGACCGGUCGAUGAGAAUUAUUUCAUAUUUCAAUUUUUUGUUAAAUUAACAUUUUAUCCAAUUUCGAACUUCACGAACGCAUGUUACAUUCAGAAAUAAAUACGAAUAAGUUAACU